CGCAUGCAGUUUAACGGCUUUAGCUAAUUUAAGAGAGAUUAGUAAACAAACAGCGGCCUUAAGAGCGGCAGUAUGAGGAGACUCCAGUUCUUGGCCGCCUUCCUCCUCGCGCUCGGUGCACUCUCGCCGCCAAUGGUCGCGGCCCAGCUGAGGCCAGACUACUACAAGAACAUCUGCCCGAACCUCGAGAGCGUUGUCCGGGGAUCCGUGCGGCGGUCCAUGGCGCAGUCGCCGGCCGCCGCGCCGGCGACGCUCCGGCUCUUCUUCCAUGACUGCGCUGUCAAGGGCUGCGACGCGUCGAUCAUGAUCAUGAACCCGAACGGCGACGACGAGUGGCGGAACCCCGACGACCAGACGCUGAAGCCGGAGGGUUUCUACACGGUGAUAAGCGCCAAGGCCGCGGUGGACAGCGACCCGCAGUGCCGGAACAAGGUGUCCUGCGCCGACAUCCUGGCCCUCGCCGCCAGGGAUUCCGUGUUCCUGAGCGGAGGGCCGGACUACCAGGUGGAGCUGGGCAGGUACGACGGCAGGGUGUCCACUCGAGCCAGCGUCGUGCUGCCGCAUGGCACGUUCAACCUCGACCAGCUCAACGGUUUCUUCUCCAGCCUGGGCCUCUCCCAGACCGACAUGAUCGCACUCUCAGGGGGUCACACGCUCGGCGCGGCGUCGUGCGGCUUCUUCCAGUACCGGGUGGGCACGGACCCGGCCAUGGACCCGGCGUUCGCGGCGCAGCUGCGCGGCUCCUGCCCUGGGUUCGCGUUCCUCGACUCGACGCCGCUGCGGUUCGACAACGUGUACUACCGCGACCUGCGCGGCGGGAAGGGGCUCCUGGGCUCCGACCAGGCGCUGUACACGGACGCCAGGUCGCGCGGCACCGUGGAGCGCUACGCCGCGGACCAGGGCGCCUUCUUCCGCGACUUCGCCGCGGCCAUGACGAGGCUCGGCAGGGUCGGGGUCAGGACGGCGGCCGACGGCGAGAUACGCCGCGACUGCAGGUUCCCGAACUGAUCAGGGCCGGUCCUGGAUCCCUUCUUGGUCGGGUCUGACUGUGCGACGGUUUUGUGACAUGGUGUACGUGACUGGCGUGAUCUAGCUCAUUGGAUCAAAGUUCAGGUGGUGCAGCAACUCAUGCUUGCCAUCUCUUUUGGACUUCGAAACGUGUAUGUUUACUGGAUUUGUAAUUUGUUCGCAGUUUCUUACUGAUUCCAAUAAGUAUAUGUUUAUGAUGUGAAUCUGAAGGUGUAAUAAACGUUUGUAACAGUAAAUUGUU